UCUUACCCUUGUCAUGCCAUGUCCACUGCCCAGCGUACCACAAUUGCUCCCCGCAUUCGCCACAUUGCGCAAUAAAGUCUUCCAAUGCCGAAUCCAACACCAACACCAACAAUUCUAUCCCUAAUAAACCCGUACUAUGACGAGCUAACCAUCGCCCUCCGCGCCAUCCACCGCGCAUCAAUCCUCACCAAAUCGGUGCUGCGCUCCCUGAACAACAGCGUCAGCGCUGAAACCAAAGCCGACGAUUCCCCAGUCACGGUUGCGGAUUUUGCCGCCCAGGCGCUGAUUAUCGCCGCGAUUCACGCCGUGUAUCCCGAGGAUAAGUUUGUCGGAGAAGAGUCGGCAAAGGCGCUGAGAGAGAAUCUGGUGCUCAGGGAACGGGUCUGGCAGCUUGUGGUACAGAGUCAGAGGUCGACUUCUCCGCAAGUAUUGUGCGACGAGGGGGAUGCGGCGAUAUCUGAUUCGGGCAAGGUGCAGGGCCGACUGCGCCAGGGCGGAUCUGCACCUGAGCAGCAAUGGUUAGCGACGCCAAAAAACAUGGACGAAAUGCUUGAUUGCAUUGAUCUCGGGAUCAGCGAGUCGACGAGGAAAGGUAGGGUUUGGGUGCUUGAUCCUGUCGAUGGCACGGCAACAUUUAUGGAAGGGAAACAGUAUGCGGUUUGUCUGUGUUUGCUGGAAGACGGCGUGCAGAAAGUCGGUGUUAUCGGGUGUCCGAACCUCAAGCUCGAUCUCGGUGCCGAAGCUCGUGGACUCGGGACCAAGGUCCACGAGGAUCAAGUCGACGAUGCCGGCUACGGCGUCGUGCUAUCCGCAGUUAAAGGUCAAGGGACCUUCGUCCGAAGCAUGCAUGCUUCUGGCUUUGGAAUUGCGCAGCGCAUAAAUCACGACAAUGAUCAAGUGCAACAAAGGGACGUCAUAGACAUCGAUUUCGUCGAGGCUACGCUCGGUAAGACGAGUUUGGUGCAGGACGACCAUCGAGCUGUUGCAGAGCGUUUAGGGGCGCAAUGGCCAGGCACUGUCAUCUGGUCCCAGCAACUGAAAUAUGUUGCUUUGGCUCUUGGUGCUGCGGAUGUCAUCCUUAGGAUACCGAAGGGCAAGGAGAGGUAUACGUUUAUUUGGGAUCAUGCCGGGGGCCAGAUACUCUUCCAGGAAGCUGGAGGUGUUAUCACAGAUUUUGAUGGGAGGGAGAUAGACUUCGGUCAAGGGCGGAAGAUUCAAGGGCACAUGAACUUUGGAAUGGUUGCUGCGAUGCCUUGGUGCUUCAGCAGGGUCAUGCAAACGGUGAAGGAGGUACUGGACGAGCGAGCAAAGUGAGGGUAGCAUUGCAAUGUGGUGGAAGACAAGACUCGAGAGAGCAGAUGCUGUGACAGCAGCCGGUGAGGCCGUCGCUCCGGGAUAGACGAAAUGUGGGGUAAAGCGUAGUACAAACCGCAUCAGGAGCCUCAAGAAUAGAAAUCUGAUGCAAUUGGACGUAUGAAUGAG